UGUCAUGUGAAAAAAGGGGAGUCAGUUCCUGCCUGGUAACAUAACAAACCGGGAAAUUAACUUGUAAAUAAUCGGUGGACAGAACGGCAUUAUUUUUUUUUUAACAGAAUACAGGAUAGAGUUUUAUUAUAAAACAAAUAAAGCCAAGUUGAAAUCCACAUUAGUGUUCCUAACCAUGGCUUCGUUGUUUAAGAAGAAGACUGUAGAUGAUGUAAUAAAAGAACAAAACCGGGAAUUAAGAGGAACUCAGAGACAAAUAGCCAGAGAUCGAGCCGCAUUAGAGAAACAAGAAAAGCAAAUGGAACUGGAAAUAAAAAAAAUGGCCAAGAGUGGAAACAAGGGGGCCUGUAUAAUUUUAGCCAAACAACUAGUCCAGCUGCGGAAACAGAAGAACCGAACAUAUGCAGUUAGUUCAAAGGUCACCUCCAUGUCCACACAGACCAAGGUCAUGAGCUCUCAGAUGAAGAUGGCCGGUGCAAUGUCAACCACUGCAAAGACAAUGCAGACAGUCAACAAAAAGAUGGACCCACAGAAGACCCUACAAACCAUGCAAAACUUCCAGAAGGAAAAUAUGAAGAUGGAAAUGACGGAAGAAAUGCUUAACGACACACUAGAUGAAAUUUUUAAUGAAUCUGGAGAUGAAGAAGAAUCCCAGGACAUUGUGAACCAGGUGCUGGAUGAAAUCGGCAUUGAAAUCUCUGGAAAAAUGGUGAAUGCCCCUUCAGCAAGCAAAAACUUGCCUUCAGCUUCCACCUCCAAAGCUACCACGAUUUCAGAUGAAGAGAUUGAGAGACAGCUGAAGGCUCUUGGAGUAGAUUAAUCUGCUUGUCUAUUCUCUACAAAUGGAUCUGCGAGCAUUCUAAAUGCGGCACUACUUGAACAUGCAGAUGCGUUUAUAUAUUUCUUUUAUGGCUUGUAUUUUUUGGCUGCAAGGGGUUUGUAAAAUGUUAGUAAUUACCAAGGCAAGCAAUGUAAAUUCAUUCUUAACUUGUUGAUUAAUACCACACUGUACUUCCUGUUGAAAGAAUGGCUUGUGUACUCUAAUCAUAUGCAUUCAGAAAUACAAGACCUGCUCAAUCCGUGGAUAGAUUGCUGAUUGUUUAGCAGAGUACCGGUAAUAAACUGUGCUGAUAAAAACUGAAUAAUGCAAAACCUUACAAAAUGGAACCUUUUUACAUUUUGGUAAAUGAACCAUUAUACACACAACUACGCCAAUUGCUUGUAACACUGUUAAUCUGUUCCUUGUGCAAUUUGAUACAAAGCAGGAAAAAGGUUCUGUUGCCAGAAAAAUAAGUUAUUUUACAGGAAUUGCCUAUCAUGUUUAACUUUUUUUCUCGAUUUGAAUAUAAUAAUACUUUAUAUACUCUCCAUUAUCUUACCUGGUUCUUAAAAUUAUUGAUUUCAACAUUGUAUACAUGUCCCUUAAUACUUCCUAAAUGUUAGGGUGAAACUUCAGAUGGUGUGUAAUAUUAGAAAAAGCUUCUUGGCAUGGACAUUGAAGUGAACUAACAUGGACACAGAAGGCUGUACAGUUUGGUGAUGAUCUUUUAUUUUGCCCCGAUGUCUUCUGUGUUUAGUGCAUUACAGGAUGUAAAUAUAAUGCAGAUCAAGCCAUGCUGGAGGCCUUUUCAUACAGACAGAUUGGAAAGAGAAUUGAUCUUGCAGGUACAGGGAAGUUCCAGUAAUGUAAUGACAAAUUGUUGCUGUUGUAAUCUCAUUAUUCCUUUAGGACAGACUUUUUUUUUUUUUUUUAAUUAUACAAUUCAAUAAGUUUGAUAAAGGUCCUAAGCUAUUUACUUUCAGUUCAGUCAAUUUCAUGUACCAAGCAAAGGAUUAGAAAACUAAAUCUGACCUUUGAAUUUCCUGUUUGAUAUGCAUUCAGUAUUUUGAGCAUUUAAAGGUAUGAAAUAUCAUUUGUUGUUUGCGCUUUGGGCUCAGGUACACUACAGAAAACUAAACUGUGAUCUUUCUUUCAUUAAUCUAACACAAUCAUUUUUGUAGAACUGUUAUAAGUAUGUGCCUUUUGGGAUAUAAGCCUUAUUAUUCAAUUAAUAUUAAAAAGUAAUAAGCAAACAAAAGUAUAUUUAAAUAAAAAACAACCAAUUUACAAAGUGAUUUUUUCCCCCCAAUGUAACAAGCAAACGUUCCAAUAAUUGGAGGCUGGUUUAAUCCCCUAAGAGUUUCUUUUACUGAAUCUCAACUCCCAGUUUAAGCAACAAUAACAAUACAAAUGUAAAAUGGCCGAAUACUAUAGGUAAGCUUGCAGUAAUGGUGCGGGGCACCUGUGCUAUUUUAUCCUUAAAGGAAGUGCUGUGUGUAAAUGCAGCAGGGCAAAGGUUUGAAGAUGUCUGUAAAUAUUUUGCAUUAUUUAUACCCAUUUUAAGAACACAGGGCUAUCUACUUCAAACUUGCCUUACACAUGCUGGCAGUUCCAAAAGACAGAUUGUUUUUUUUUUUAAUUGAGAUCCUUGUACAGCUUCUCCCCAUGGCUCAAGUGCUGUACUUACUAAGACAGUACCUGUGGAAUUGACUUUUAAUAGGGGUGUGCAGAUGCAGGUUAUGAAGAUGUCUAAAAUUUGAAGUGCUGUACCUCAUGAUGCCUUUUGAGUUGCAGUUUGAAUUCUUUCCAUUAAGUCCUGCAUACAUCGACAUCGGGAUUCAUUAACGGCUGGAUUUCAAAAUAGUUAUUCUGACUGCUUCAAAAAAUAAAAGGUAAAUAAAUGUUUAGAACAUAUGAACAGUCAUAUUUUAGGAAUAAGAAGUAGAAUAAUUGUGAGACUUUUUUAUCUAGUCGAUAUUUUCUAAAAACCAUUGCUUCUGAUUAAAAGUAAUGUAUUGAUUUUACUGUUAACACAAAUCUGGAGCAUUACUUUACACAAAUACAACAUUUACAUACCAUCUGUACAUUGAUUGGUUUUUAAAGGAACAGAUACUUUCCAUUUGCUAAUAAGAUUAGCCACUCUUUAGAGUCAAUUACACUGCUAAUUAAUUCCCUUACUUGUAUAUAUAGUUUUUGGUUUUUUUUCACUGUAUCUAAUGGGUAUAAAUAAUAGGCAAUAUUUAUUAAUUGUAUUAUCAGGUUUCUUUUUGUUUCAUACAUGAGUGACUGAUUUGUUUUCUUUACAUGUUUAUUUAAAUGCAAAUUUCAGGUUUAGGGAUUUAUAUAGGUUGCAUUCUAACCUUUCAAUAGUUUGUACUGUAAAGUUACAUUUUGUUAUUUCUUGCCCAUAAUAAAACUUUUUUUCAUGUG